GAGUGAGCGUGAGCUUUUUGGCCCCUUUUUCUUUACAUCGCAUCCCUAACAGAUCUCAGCUAUGCUGUGAAUGCUGUGAUGGAAGUCUAUGUGCCAUGAAAGUGCAAGUUGUUCUUGUCCAGUGUCGCCGAUUUCAUCAGUAUGGGGAAGAGAAGGAAGAACAGCGUGCCGGUGAGCCUCGGCUAAAUUAACCGUAGCGGUAAUUGUUCAAUCACACCAACCAAAGAUCCCUGUGUGAUGAGUGCAUGAGGGCGGGUGUCCGGUUACACUGGGGUCCGAGGAAGCGGGUUAUCUGUGUUUUGUAGAGGGCGAUCGGUGGACAUGCCCGCACUGGCGGCUGGAGAACUGACAGCCUCUCAGCGAGCGCGGCGAAGGCCGUCUGAUGAAAGGAGCUUCUUCCUGCGUUCGGUUUCAUGCUCUGCGCUCUGCUUUUAACAUGUCAUGAGUGGAAUCUGUGAAUCUGAACUCUGCCAGACGUCUUUCGCAAAUAGAAAGCAGGAAAUUAUUGAAUUGUGGGUGUAGCACGAACAGAAUGAUUAUUGUUGUUAUUAAGGGAAAUGCAUAUAAACAUUGAUUGUGAAAAUCUGAAAUAGCGAGAAGGUGGCGGUGUAUCUAAAUUACUCAAAUGGCACUUUAAUGCGUUUAAAAAAAAUUGUGCAGUGAAAUAGGUACUGAUACAGUAGAUUCAUCUGAAUUAUAAAGUGGCUUGUUUUUUUGGUUUUUUUUGAAGGGAUGUCUUUACAAUAACAGACUAUAAAUCAGAUUUAAUGGUUCGUGUUAGUUGACCAAAAAAUGUUAGUGAAAUAAGGGUAUUUGAAAUGGGCACUACUCUUCAAAUAUUUGGGCUCAAUGAGAUAAAAAAAAAGUGUCUUAUUGUCACAAAUGCUCCAUUUAAUCAAAAAUAGUAAAACGGUAAUAAGUGUUCUCUAUUUUAAUGUAUUUUAGAAUAUACGUUUUUAAAUGUAAUCAACAGAAUGCAUUUAAAACCUUUUUGACUUUUAUAAAUGAAUGGCACUGUUGUGUCAAGGAAAAUCUUACUGGCACUGAUCUUGUCAUCACAAGUGUAUCUUUCAUGACAUUUUAAAUUAUUCAGAUAUUAAAUAAUAUAAACGCCAAUAAUAGCGUUUACGAUAAUAAGACGCUUUAAAUUGUUCCUAUACAAAUCAUGCAAUAGUGUCCAAAAAUCUACCAUUAAUAAAUUGAUGUAACCUUUUAUAUACAAAAUACAUAUGCAGAUCACUAUUAUCCAAAUAUUUUAAAUCAACCUCAUUUUUUUUUUUUUUUUAUUCGGCCUCGCUUUAUAUUAGGUGGCCGUAAUUACAUUGUACUUACAUUUAAGUUGAUAAUAAUUGCAGAUACAUGUUUUACAUUGUACUAUAUAUAUCAAACCUACCCAUACCACCGAACCUGACCCUAACCUUACACAUAUUCCACCUCACUAGCAGCAGCACUGUUUUGCAGUACAACAUGAACACAAUACAAUAAUACAAAUACUUUGUACUUAAUUUUGGUGUAAGUAGUUAGGGCUACCUAAUAUAAAUUCUGACUUUUCAUUCUUUUAUGUGCUACAUAUCACAAACCAUCAUUGGGUCUAACACCAUCUCAUUUUGCAGAGUACAUUUUCUUUUUAAUUUUCUUUAUAAUUGUGUGUGUGUCUGUGUUAAUUGCAAAUCUUAUUGAAAGCAAACAGAAAAGAAGCUGAUAGUCAGCAUUUUGUAAAGGAUAAGCACUUUCUUUCACUGACGCUUAAAAAAGGGUUUAACAACCUAUAUUUUCUCCCCUAAUCAUACAAAGUAUAUGAUAAACCUCCUUUGAUGUGCCAAAGGAAAUUGCUGCCAUCCAUCUUAACCUCCACAUACAAUGAUAAAUUAGAAAAAAACACCCUGCUGUCAGUAAAAUGUAAGUUCAUUUGUUCAAAUUUGUGCAACAACAACAAAAAAAACCCCUCUUUUGAUAACAGUGAUUUGUGCAUUAAGGGUAGCUGUCAUAAUUGCCUUUUCAAGUGUUAUGACUGCUUAGCGUUUAGCUAAUUUCCUCGGAGAUGCUGUAGUCAAUUUUCACCAUCGUUUGUCUUGCGUCGGACGUGCUUGAUCAGUCUUAAUUGCAGCGGCGAGGUGUCACAUAACACGGGUUCUUUAGUAGAGUUUGUGCUUUUGGUCAGAUUCCCAGGCAGGUUCUCGUAGGCUGGCUCGCGCUGGGGCGGAACGGAGAUGAGUGACAGCAUGGGUGGGGUGUAAGUGAGGAGUGAGUGUGAUGAGCCACUGACACAUCCAUAACCGCUCACCUUUUCAUCAGGCAUGCCCUUGCUGCUCCGCCAGACAGCUGCACUGCUCUAUGUUGUCUUUAACUUUUUUAUAGUUUUUGUUAGAUAGUUCCUGUGGCGGAUAGGCGUGAAUAGGGCCAGCAAUGCCAAACACUGGGGUUUGGAUCACACAUUGAGGAAACAUUGUGUGGAAUUUAUGGUAAAACUAUUUCUUUCAGAAAUUGCUAGUUUGUUUACAAAGAUAUGACAAGCAACAAGUGAGAUUUUCUCGAAAGAAUUUUUGUGUAAAACACAAUAAUCCUUAUAUAAAAUUUUUUAUUUAUCUUUCAAAAUCCAGUUUGUCUGAUUUGCGCGGCUUGGUCUAAAGAUGAGCUAGACCAGUUUUUGUGAGUAUCGGGAACAUUUUUAAUAGCAAUGAAAAAAUGUCUAAUUGACAGCAUUCUUCAAACAUUCAGAAAUAUUUGGAGACAUGAAGCCUGAAUUUAAACCCAUUUUUAUUUUUUUAUUUUUUUAUUACUGCUUUUAAGUUUAGCCAAUUUUUAGGGUUAUAUGUGAACGCUUGGAAAACAUUUUAAUUUAUCAUCGCAUUAGUCAGCGUUGUCUUUAUCGUACAGCUUUCUAUAAUUGUGCUAAUGCCUUAUUUUUUUACAUUCUGUUUUUGCAUAGUAAUGUUGAACCCCACGUGGUUUUUGCUUUUAGCUAAUUUUAUUUUUGAAUGCAUAAUAGUAUAGUUUAAUGUUUUAGUAUUUUAGCAUUUCGUUUAUCAGCUGUCAACCGUAACAUGAAGAGGACGAUCAGUAUUUUGCAUGAAGCAUUGCCUCUUAUGACGAUAUUUGUUCAUGUUUAUGACACUGCUGCCACCAAAUUGCUCUUGAACAUUCAGUUGCAAAACACAAAGAUGUUUUACUCUUAAACGGUUCUAAAACAGAACUAAUAACUGAAGAUGAUCUAUUGCAAAAUUGACAAUACGAAAACCUGAGAGAUGCUUCCUUUCUAUGGCCUGUUUGGACACAUUGAGUUAGACCACAAACCAUUUCUAACUUCAUCCAAAUACGUUUUGGGGCAACUGCCCCAAACUGGCAAUCUUUUAUUGUUAACUCUUUUAAACCGUGAUUAAUUACCCUGAUAAUUUCCGUAAGGGUAGCAGACAUCCACAAGUACCAGCAGGUGACCGCAGAUAAAUGUAAAGAGCCAGAGUGCAGCGCUGCUCAUGUCUCAGCUCUGGGAGGGACGGAGAUGUGCCGCUACCUGCCUGCGCACACCUGUCGGCUCCGUGUUCCUCAACAGCUCCUUCGCUUAGAUCAUCUCCUCUUCCUCCACGCAUGAGUUGUGCCUGGCUAGCGUGGAAAAAAUGUGGACCGGCUCUCGCCUCCCUUUUCCCUUGCGCUUUGAAGUGUAAAGUGUGAUUGCUUUUGGAUCGCAGCCGCUCUCCUUGAAGGUUUUGACAUGAAAAGCGGCCUGGGCUCUCAGGUUUAUCCCAUUGCCAGUGAUCCAAGACUAAAGCAAUCAGCUCACCGCCUGAGAGAUACAAUUACCAGAAAGAUACUAAAGAUGACUGAAAUGCGUGUAGCUUUUGCUGAGAACUGCACGAUUUUUGUUUGAGUAGGAAAGAUUACAUUUUGGUUGGCGUAAUGACCAUUGACCAGAAGCCUGAAUAGUAUUUGUAAGUGAUGUUAUACUGAAAGGUAAUGGAGAGGAUCCUGAUGGUGACUCAAAUAAUGGAUCUUGAUUUUCACUUGCACUUGUAAGAGUGCGACAACUGUUUUGUCUGAAAAUUAAGGCAUUUUCCCAUGACUCAUGGACAGUCAUCCAUCAUGUUUAGUGUUUCAGGUGUUGUGUGUUCUUAAGUGUCACUCCAGCGUGUAUUAAUGUUAUUAUGCAUUGUUCCAAGAACCUGUGCUGGCAUAUCCUCGGGAGAAUUUGAUCGCUUCAGAGCUGAUAUCAGAGACUCUGGAAUGACUUGAGGAUGUUUUAUUAUUAUUAUUAUUUUAUUUUAAUACACAUGUAUUUAUGUGUGUGUAGACAUGAGUAUUGUGCAUACAUGAAUAAAUGUUUAGUUUCUCAAAAUACACUCAAAAAAAUGCGAAAUGUUAUUACAAUUUAAACUUUUAUAUGUUAGAAUGUAAUUUAUUCCUGUGAUGGCAAAGCUAAAUUUUCUGCAUCAUUACUCUAGUUUUUAGUGUCACAUGAUCCUUCACAAUUAUUCUAAUAGGCUGAUUUAUUGCUAAAAAAAAACCCCAAAAAACUUUUUUUCUUAUUUGAAUGCAGGUGAACUGCCGUACUGUGUUUCUUUUGAGCAGAAAGCACAGAAUUAAUUUGAAAUAUAAAUAUUGUGUAACAUAAUAAAUUACAUUUUAAAUCAAUUUAACGCAUCCUUACCUAAUAAGAAAAAAAAGCAAUAUGUACAUAUGAAUUAUUAGUGAAUUAUUAACUUAAGUGUAAUCAUUUUUUUGCAAUAUACAAUUCUACUAACAAGGUUGCCACCUUCAAAGUAAAAUCUGGGUCCUGAAGGAAAAGCAGUUUAGUUCAAAACUUCAUUUUAGGGAUAAUUUACAUGGCUAAUUUCAUUUGUUUUCUUUAGUGAGUUACCUUUCUUUCUUUGCAGUGAACAGCCACGUAUUAAAUGCAAGAAUCAUUUCCUGCUUCUGCAGAGGCAAUUAACCCCUCAAAAUGAUGAUCCCACAUCAGAAACAUCUCAAUCAAGAGAACUUAUUCCACACUAAGAACAUUGGAAGUGGGAAAUUGCAUCGUGAAUUAAGCCUAUCAAAUAGUAUUCUCUGUUUAUUGUUUGAUGAUGUCUGUUUGCCGUUCUAUAUGUCAUUGAUUUACUUUAAUUAGGACCCUGUACUAAAACCACUGAUAUUAGCAACUUCAAGCCCAGUGGAAUUCUUACACUCUUGUCUUGAUUCCUCUCUCUGAUUCAAAGAAAAUUCACUCUCGUAUGUCUUCACUGAAGCCCAGAAGCACUUUGAGCUCUUGUUGAUGCUGUAAGUUGUUGUUAAGCCCCUGUGUAUUCAAAUGACGGCGCACAGCCUUUAGAGAUCAAUAUAGGCCUGCAAGAACUGCUGCCAUUGUUGCCCUAAAGCCUCCUUCAGUUAACCGGAAAAGGCUCUGAAAUCUCUCUUUUUUUUUUAUCUUUACGUACACUUUUUAUACAGGGCUAGAUCUGGGCUGAAAAUUGGAAAGUUGUAGGUUCAAGCCUGUGUUGGCUGAUUCACAAACUUACCCCAUUUGCCCUUAAGAACGCAACCCCAAGCUUCGGAUAAAAGUGUCAUUUCUAUAUCUCCAGAUGUAUUUGAGCCCUGCCAGGUUGUUGGUUGAAAUCGUACACAAGCAUACUCUAAUAAUCACCAUUAUGAGUAUGAGAGUAUGAGAGUAUGAGGAAGGCAGGUAGGACUUAGAUCCCUCAAUGUUUUGACAGCUGCUUGAAGAGUUUUUGUCCUUCACUGCUGUUGUGGCCUUAAAGUCAGUGACUCACUCAGCCAAGAUCGGCCCAGCUGUGUACCGUGGAUGUCUGGAUCUGAUCAAAGUUAGCGCAGGAUUAGCGGUUAGCGCUGAUGCUGGUGACAGCUCUCGAGUCUCUCUGCAGUUUGAUCUGAUUAGUGGAUAGAGGGAGGAUGAAGAUGAUUGUGAGGUGAAAUGUUCCUGGGAAUUAAUUCCCACACCUGUGUUUUGUUCUCAGAGGGGUCAUGACAACUCUUCGCUUAUCCGUCAACAACAGGGAUGCAGAUGUUCGGCGCAUGAUGCUGUCUGCUUUCAAUGUGAAUGUUUCAAACAGGAAGAAAUUCUGUUAUUUCAAGUUAUCAAUCAUCUUCUAGCCUCUUUUCUGUGUUGUUUGGUUACGUCCAGGGAUUCGCCCAAAUAUGACAAUUCUCAUCCUCAUUGUUCUUCUGUAGGACAUUGCAGAUUAUUAUAAUGUGAUUUUUAUUAAAUAUUACUGAUCAUUCUAGAGCUUUCAAGAUUCCAAAUAGACACUGAAGUACUAGAAAAGUGUCAUAAAAGAAGCCCAUUUGACUUGUCCACCGAAUUUUGAGUCUUGUUAAGUAGUGAUUGCUGUGUGCUAUGAACAGAUCAACAAUUUAGCAAUAUUUCACUGAUGAUUUUCAACUGAUAUAGUACAAACUGUAUCAUUGUGUCAGUGAGUUGAGCUUAAAGGGAUAAUUUAACCAAAAAAAAUAAAAUCACCCCACGAUUUACUCGUCCUUAAGCCAUCCUAAUGACUUUCCUCUUUCAAAUGAAUGAAUUGUUAAACCCCGCCCCCUUUAGUUGCUCAAUCUGACAAACAAAUGCUGCUAACUGUCUUUCAUUGACAGCUGUCAGCUUGAAAACCUUGUCCCAAGAUGUCUUUUGUUAACCUACAUUGUACUUGACAUGAGAACAGUUCAUUUUGUGUAUUUGUACAUUAAAAUGGACGUUAUCUAGUUUUAGUCAGAGAGAUGUCUUGCUGAAGCACAAAACGGCAUUAACAUUUUGCUUAAGCAGUUAAAUACUGUAUCUUAAUGAUAGCAACCAGAAACAAUGUCUUCAUUGGGAUCAGGGUUUAAUGCUCUGUUUACAUUUCUCUCUGUUUUUUCUGGGUUUAGGAAUUGGAAUAAAAUAAAUUCCUUCACCUGUCCUCCUGUGAUACCUGGAAUCAGUGUUACAAAUAACCCACGUACAUUGUUUUUCCAUUGUUGUAGCACGAACACCGUCAAACCGAUGAAAGGUUUGGAUUUUCCAGGGUUUCUCUAUGGCGCUGAAACCCAGUGUUACGGUUUGCGUACAACUGAUGCUCGGGGUUCAGCGUUCAUGUGAGAGGGGUGUUCCAGCGGAAGACCGAAGAUGUCGGCGAGGUGUAAGUGCUGAGGAGAAGAAAUGAAUUCAGGAGUACAGCAGAGAGAGCCGAACAGCACAGUGGUCGUGAAUUAGAAGUACAAAAUCAGGACUUAUAAAGAAAAAUGAGGAGACUUGUUUUCCUUUGCUAAACAACGUGAAUAUGUGUACGACAAGAUUACGGUUUACAAGGUUUUAAAUGUGGACAUUUUUCUUACUAAAAAUGCAUCUAUACACUUCAGAAGGCCCUGAUUUACAGUUUGCCGAGGUCAAUGCUAGUUUGCAAAAGUCAGAGAAGAUUUUGGGUAAUCGGAGUUAACAAAUUUCACAGAAAAGUGUGUAAUGUAUGAUGGGCAGAACAUUUUUAUCCUCAAGCUAUGAAUGCAUCAAGUCAGAGGGCAUCAAGCAUCUUUGAUAUUUUGAGCCUAUUUAAGAACUAUUUUUAGAACUUUUUUGUCACGUGAUUCUUUGGGAGUUCAAAACAGGUGAAAGCCUGGUAGUGUGAGAUCCUCAUUCAUUGGUUUUUCAAUCUGUAACCAUGAACCAAAUUCAUGAUUCAUUCAUGACAUCUCUAUUUUUCACUAAAGUCAUAUGAACCACUUUCAUAAUGCUUCAUCAAUUUUGCAACUUGACACCCUUGAUUCUCAUAUUAUACAGAAAAGUAGAUUUUCUUGAUAAAUUUUCUUUUUGUGCUCCGCAGAAUCAUGGAAAAACACACGUAAAUUACAGAAUCAAUUCUGAGUCAAUUAUUUAUUUACCAAUGCUCUAGUAUCUGCAUGAUUUCUCACUCAGAGUUUCCUCAGCCAGUUUGGCGUGAAUACUGCGGCAUUCCUCUCUUAAGUACAAUUUGGUCUUAGUUGGGAAAGUGAUCUGUUUUCAAAGACCAGAGAUCCAUGACCCAAAACCAUUGUUAGUGAACUCUGUCCUAAGCUCGGGACCGAACAAUACACCUUGUUUGGACAGGUGAUCUUAUUCCUAAUGUGAAGAAGGCUUUGAGUGAGAUAACAGGCUUAGACGUCUUUUAGAACAAAGGCGAGGGGUUUUAAUCUGACAGAAGCAGAAUUCCCAGUUGAUGCCACACAUUCUCCGUUUCAGACGCUUUCUCCAAAGAGAAGCAUGAUGAUUAUAAAAACUCAUCAAAGCCUUUCCUGAAGGAUUUUUUUUUUCCAUUUAGUCAUGUUGUAUCGCAAAUGGAUGUCAUACAAACACCCAAAUGCUGCAAAUGGGCUUGUAAAUGAAUGUCAAUUAUGUGGGCCAAUUAGUGUGAUGUGUUUACUGUGUAAACAGAGGCUGUUUGUUUGCGCUCUCUGCAGGUUUCCACUAAAGCUCUGUUUGCAUUGGGUUUUCUUACUGAAUGCUUCUCGGCUGUAAACCUUUUGAUUCUCCCUUAAUGAUUUAAUAUCCAUCUGUUACACCGCCGUGUUUUAAGAUCUAACCCUUGUACGCCGACAGCGACAAACUGGUCUCUCUGGCGGUGGUACGUGUCUUUGAAAGCGUUUGCAGCUCAGGAGCGCGGCUUUUCCCCCGUUUUCUCGCCACACUCCAAUUCCGAAUGUCUGCUUUGUCAUAUUAAUAAGUGAACGCAGAAGCUGAAGAGUGCCUGAACUUGUCUGUGGAAUACUUCAGAAUGACAGGCCUGUCCACAUACAGUACUCCUCCCCGAGUAGAAAGUGGUAGGAUAUUACUCAUUUGCUCUUUCAGAGUAGCCGAGCUGUGGAUUAGGAGGCAUUAGGUGUCACCGUUGGACGUCUGCUGAAGAGUGAUGCUGUAAGAAGCCUCUCUUAAAUGAAGCAUGGAAUCAACGGUCCCCUAUGAUUGGGUGAUUUGCUUCAAACCCGGCCCUGUUUUACUGGGAUUAGUGGUCAUAGGAGCUCGCUGAACUUGGGUCAUGUUUGGCACUGGGCAUUUGGUGUCUCCUCUGUCUUCUGCAGUCUUCCACUCUUCGGCUGCGCACUUCUUCCCGGCGUUUCCCAGCAGGUUGACCUCACCGCAGAUCUUCAUCCCCGGGCCUCUGCUCAGCUACGAGCUCCUGCGCAGUUACCUGCAGCCAGAGCCCUGCAAACAGGCCUUGCUUUUGGCCGCUCAGUCCUCGGGACAACAUGCUGAGAACAUCGAUGAACCCCGGCCAGUGAAGCAGCGGCGAGCUCGGGCCAACUACAGCAGCUGGCAGCUGGAGGAGCUGGAGAAGGCCUUCGAGAGCACCCACUACCCUGACGUCUUCAUGAGAGAAGCCCUGGCCCUCAGACUGGACCUGAUAGAGGCCAGAGUGCAGGUGUGGUUCCAAAACCGCAGGGCUAAAAUGCGCAGGCAGAUGAAGCUCCAGAGCCAGGCGGGAGAGCAGUGCGUCAGGCGCGACAGUGACGAUAGACAGGUCGAUUCAUCCAGCAGAAGCACAGCUCCAGAGCUCCACAGCAACAGCAGCCCAGGCUGGGACAGCAAACACCAGAAAGGGAGCCCCACUUGGUCGAAACCGUCCUCAUCAGCUAUCCACAGCCCUGUAAGCGACAUGCUUCAGCUGCCAAGAGAUCAGGAGGGGUCAGAGGAGCCCAGUACAGAGGACUUCCGCUGCUGUAGCAUUGCCAAUCUGAGGGCGAAGGCCAGGGACUAUGAGGCAGAGAUCCACAGCACGGUGGCCAAGGCCAGCAGAGAGAGGCAGAUGAAAACUCAGGUAUCUGCCACAGGCCUGCACAGAGACUGAAACUGAUGCAGCCAUUAUACAGUACCUCAGAAUCACACAGGACAUAUUAGAAAUAACAUUACAUUUUCUAUUUAUUAUUAUGAACAAUCACCCAAGUGAUGAGGUUAAGCAAUGGGACCGAGAGCAGCAAAACACACUCCAAAUAGUUUUUAUUUCUUCGAUUGUCACAAUGUCGUGUAUUAUCUGUGAAACCAAUGGACCCUUUUCAAAUUUCUCAGAAACAGAAGUCAGUGUAGUUGGGUAGACUUCUAUAGAGGACGAACAGAAAUUACAACAAAGUGUUUUUUUAUGGCUUUAACAUACAAAGCGGAAAAAACAUUGAUUUCGUCAGUAAAAAGAGAGAAAUAUGUCAUAUUUGCAGUUUUGUUGAAAACACUCAGAAGUGUUAAUUUUGCAAGCAAUUUUUUACCUACAGUGUAACAAAGUGUUUUAAAAAUCCAAAUAUAAAAGAUAUCUGCGGAAACACAUCAUCUCAGUAUUUAAGAAGGGUCCAUACUUUUUGUAUUAUAAAAACAAAUGUGAAGUUAUAUGUAAUCUACUCUUUUAUUAUUAUUUGUUCUUUGAUAAGAUUGGUUGCUUGCUUCAGUGGACAUUUAGUUUUUUCAAAUGUGGUUGGACUGACAGCUAGUGAACGAGAGGAGCUCGAGAGGAAGCUCACAGUGAUCUCAUCGAUGGCCAGCUCCUCUAUCAGCUAUCCUGUUACCCUGCGUGAAAACACAGGAUGUCUGCAAGCUGCCACAAGCCCUCCACAAACACAAUAGGGACAGACGGCUGAAAAAUGACUCGCCUUUUCUGACAAAAUGUGCUUUUUAAAGAUUGUCACACACUUUAAAUAUGUCAUUUUCCUACGCAAUAGAUGCUAUUUGUGCUGAACGUUUGUUCAUAUACUGUAAUUAUUGCAUGCUUUUGGAAAUCACUUUUUUAAUGUCUUGUUUCACGCUUAACGUUUGUUGUUUUUCAAGAAAACGUGCUACCUAAAGGGAUCGUUCGACCAUAAAACUAAUAUUCUGUCAUCAUUUAUCCUCAUGCAGUUCCUAACCUGAAUGACUGACUUCUUUUUUUUUCAGUGGAACGCAGAAGAAGGUAUUUUUGAAUGGUGCUCGUAGCCAAACAGGGUUUGGGUCCCUUUGACUUCCAUAGUAUGGACCUGAAACUGAGUAAAUAAAGCCGAAUUUGCAUUCUUGAGUGGACUAUCCACUUCAGAUUAUCCUAAAAUGUUUGUUUAGAACGGCAACCCUUCAGAAAUUGUGAAAUGCAGGACAACUUGUAUGACAACUUUUGUGUGACCAAAGCUAGUGUUGAAGAGCCUAGAACUGCAUUAUCCUUAGGUCUUUAGUUCUCUGAGCCAGUAUGGAGUAAGAGUGCCCUCCUCUGGGCAACAGGGUCCUCUUGAGUUUAAAGGGCAGCACGUCUUAAGCAGGUGAACAGUCUAUGAGAAUUUCAUGCAUGUGAAAUCUUGAAGAGGAUUUGAUGUGUAACUUGUAGCUCAGAUCGUCACAUCUUCAUCAUGCUCGGGUUUCCGUCUUUCUGAAGUUUGGUGUCAAGCUAUAAAUAGUCCCAUUGAUUGUGCACCCAUCCACAACUUGAGUUACCUAAGUCAAACUUAAAACCAUGAGAGGAGGUGGAUCAUCUGAAAUUACACUGAAAGCUAUCUCUCUGCCUUAGGACAGCUGAAAGCUGAUGGUAUUUCUGUCUACAUUUGGAUUAUAUGCAUUCAGGACUUUAAUUGUAAAUGAAAUAAGCUGUAAUGCUAAUUGCAGAUAUUAUGUUUAUUAAAUAAAGUUUAGACCG